CGGAGGAGGAGGAGGCGGAGGCGGCGGGAAGGGACCCAGAGCCGCCGCCUAAUUCUCCUCAGGCGGCGGCGCUUCGGUCCUUCAGGUUUCCCGCCCAGGUAGGAGGAGAAGCGAAAGGGCCAAGGACCUCCCGCUCCUGAGGCGGAAUGGGCAUCGCCUCCGCCUCACAGGGAAAGCUCUUCUGAAGAGGAGGCGGCGCUGGCGGCGGCAGAAAUGCGCCUUAGGCCCGUCCCGGCUGCUUCUCCUCGCACCCGAGCUGGUUGAGUCUGAGGCCUCUGCGCGUCCGGCUCUUCCGUCGCUUUCCUUCCCGGCCUCAGCCAUGCAGAGCUCCGGUUUCCCUCAGCUGGGCCGCGCCCAGCACCUCCACCAGCAGAACAACCUCCACCUGCCUCCCUGGUCGCGCUUCGGCGGGCAGCAGCCUCCGUCUUCGCAGCAGGAAAAGGCCGCGUUCCCGGCUCAGCCGUCGCCUUCGCACCCCGCUUCUCAACCUCACCCUCCUCGGCCCCCUCGGACUCCCAGCGCCGACGGCUGGAGGAGGACGGCCACCGACCUGGAGCGCAGCCUCAAGUUCCUGCAGGCGCAGCACGCCGAGACCCUCCAGAAGCUCCACGAGGAGAUCGAUGUCCUCAAGAGGCAGAACAAGGAUCUUAAUUAUAAGCUCAUCAUGCAACCGAUACUUCAGAGGAAAGAUCAUUCUUCCAGCAACUUGCCUAGUAAGUCACAGCCAGGAAGCAGUUCACCGGGGAAGACAAGUGCCGGCUUAAAGAUGGUAGCAUCAGUAGCAAAAGAAGAGCACAGAGAAGAAGGUUCUGAGGAGCUGGAAAAGAAGCCAGUAAGUGGCGAGUUCAUGAUGGACGAGACGAAUGCAGACGAGAAAAUUAUAGAAAGGGAGGUAGACAGAGUAAUGUGGAAUGAAUUGGAGGACUUCAUGCCGGAGCGGGAUACAGUUCCAGAAGAGGCAGCUCAUCCCAGAGAUGCAGAUGUUUGUGACAGGAUGACAUCCCCCAUCCCUUUUUCAUCUGGACAAAGCAGGGCAGGGAAUGUGAAAAUCCCUGCUGCUUCUUCCAACCCCUUCUUGGUGACAGUGCUCCCUUCCUACAUGCGGAAGCCACCAACGCUGGAGGAGUGCGAAGUGGUCAUUCGGCAGUUGUGGAACAUCAACCACAUGCAGAUGCAGGAGCUGAUGUAUUUGAGAUCGUCCUUGGAAGAGAUCAACAAGAACAAAAGAAUUCCUGAGGGCUACAUGCUAUCUGGCCAUGUUGGGAACCAAGAGGUCACACGGUUGCCCAAGGUGAAGAAUGGUCCUAAGAAAUGUAGGAUCCUCACACCACUGCCUGCUGCUGAAAGGGCUGUGUUGCCAGCACUGAAGCAAACACUAGGAAAUGCUUUUGCAGAGAGACAGAAGAGAACACAGGCUGUUCAGAGGAACAGGCUCCACCGGACAGCACUUUAGCAAGUAUGGUUCAAUUGGCCUCUUUUUGUAAUGUGUCUCCUUGCCCUAAAGUGGUUUGAAAGCCAGCUAAACCAUUUCCGAGUGUGUGCUGUACUUUCAACAAAUUGUUUCUGGUGUUCACCACUUAAUUUUUUAAAACUUCAUAAUCAUCCUUUUUUGUCCACCUAGCUACAGAAGAUCACAGUGACCUUACUUCUCCCUAGAAACUGUUCUACCUUCAGUAGUAAUUAAGUUUACUUUUUUAACUACAGAAUUGGGGGCUUUUAGAUGCCAAAUACACAAAGCCUCCUUAGACAACCCCAGGUCAAGGGGGUAUCAAAGUGACUUUGCCUUUUAGCAAACAAGAUUCUGUGCCCUUGUGCUCAGGCUGCGGUGGAGCCAAAGGAGUUUGGGGGGUUGCAAGAGAAAAUAAGUGAGUGUUAAACACUGGAACAAUACAUUUAUUACAAUAAAACAAAUGCCUUAGUUCAUGUAUGAAAUAAUUGAUACUUUGUACUGCAAUCAAUCAGAACUUCUUAAGUACAUUUUAAAAAAUGUCCUCAAAUUGACACAGCAAUCACACAUUUACAGAUAGCACAGCAAUUGGAUGCCGUGUUGAAGAGUGCAAGCCAGUAUUCAGCGACUCUGCUGCAAAGGUGAUAGCAGAAGUAUGUAAAAACAGCAAUACUUCCACAAAGAUCAAGAGAGUUGUGCAUGGGAGGUAGGAGAAAGCAAAGCCAGGGCUGAGUGAAGCAGCCUCAGUCUCACCCUAUGCCCAAGGAGGCUCCUUCUGUGAGGCACAAGUUGAUGAAUGACACUUGACCCAUGGCUUGCCAGAGCCACAUCAGUCUAAUAGCUGGCUGCCUCAUAGUUGGGAAGACACAAACCGCUCGCCUGCUUCAGUCAGUCACUCACUCUGCACACAGCUAUCAAAGAACAGCUUGUGUGGUGGGUGUGCAGGCAGCCUCUUCUUGGGCUGGUAUCCAACCAAGCAUACAUAUAUACA